AUGGAUAGCGAUGAGUAUAAAAAAGAAGUUGAAGCAAAUGUAAAGGCAGAAAAACUUUUACAGUUGCAAAACCAAACCGUACAGUAUGAAAACUUAGCACAAGAAAGUAAAAAUAACGACGCAGCCAUGCAAAAGGCAAUGAAAAGCGCAGAAUAUAUAAAAGCUAACAAUGACUGGUUAGAUGCCCAAGCCAACGCUAAAGCAGCCCAACUUAUAGGGUCAAUAAGGACAAAAAUACAAGCGGAUGAAGACAGUUCAAAUGAAGCUUUAAUGAAUGCUGACUUUAAGAACGCCUUCGAAGCUCUUCAUAGUAAGGUGAAACUAGUGAACGACUUCUCAUCUGGAAAGAAACUGAAGUCUGAAGGUUUCGACAAAGAGUUAAAAGAAGUAGCACAAAAUAUGACGAAAAUAACAGAUGCAGCAACGAGACAGGCAGUUCAAAGUGCCUAUGACUCCGUUAGAGCAACUGUUGUGGAAAGUCAAGAAAAAGAGUUACAACAGACCAAAAAAGACCUAGUAAAUGCUUUCUUAAAAACGAAAAGUCAGGUAGGACAUUAUGCUGCAGAUGGAACAUAUGUGCCAGCUGGUGGAACUUAUAUACCACCAAACCCUCCAAGAGAAGUUAGUAUGGUUAACUUGGGUACUGUGGCACUGCGUUCCACCUUACCCAACUUAACCUUAAAUAUUUACAAAACCGUCUGA